AUGGCCACGGCGAGCAACCGCGCCCGCGUUUUGCCUAUGCUGCUCGCCGUGGCCGUGCUUCUCCUCGAACAAAUCGCCCUCUCAUCGGCAGACUUCCCUCUCGGCGGCCAGGCCACGGUGCAGCUGCCUCCGGCGCCCUGCCAGCCGGGCUUCGCCGCGAGGGCGGUGGUACUCGAUGCCCAGGGCCAUCGGCAGCCGGCCUUUGUCUCUGCCGUGAGCGCCGCCGAGGCCGGCGCGGGGCGGUGCACGUGCUCGCUGGUCGUCCUCCUGGGCGGCGUUAAGGUCUGGGCCUCCGACCAUCUCGAGAAGUUCGUGCCGGCCGCCCUGUGCCGGCUCGAGCUCACGGAGGACGGCCAGCUGCUGCUGACGGACGGCGCCGGGAAAGUCGGGUGGCUGUCCGGCACGGCGGGGCAAGGCGUCAAGUGGAACGUCUACCAUCAGGCGCUGCACUUGGAUCGCAAGACCGGCAACCUCGUCCUACUCGACGCCCAGAACUGCACCAGGUGGCAAAGCUUGGACGAUCCGACGGACACAUUCCUACGCGGUCAGCAGCGCAGACUGCCCGUGUACUUGAUCGCGCCCACUACAAAGGUGGCGUCGUCCUCGGUGUUCUACUCCUUCGAGCUUGACGGCGACAAGAUAGCCGCCUACUCCAACUUCGGGGAGACCAGGUACUCCUACUGGGAGCUCGCCCCUCCGGCCAACCGGACGAUGGCAUCGGCGAGGCUCAACGGGCCUGGGCUGAGAAUGCUGGACCUGCAGGGAGUGACGGUGGCGCAGAUCACGCCGCCGGUGAAGAAACCACCGCACCAGAAGUUCAGGGCCUCGUACAAGGCACUCGGGUUCUGCGAGCUCCCGCUCUCCUGCAGCAUCCACGAGGUGUGCUCGUCCGCCGGGAAAUGCAAGGACUUCUCCGAGUACGCCGAUCGGCCGCCGGUGCGCGCCGGCAACGCCAGCAGCAACCCCUGCGAAGGGACCGGUGAUAAAGCGUGUAUGGUCCACUUGAGGGGCGUCACCACGGUGCUCCGGACCGCGUCGCCGCUGACCAACGUGACGCUCCGGGAGUGCGUGGUGCAUUGCGCGCGCAACCUCUCGUGCAACGCCGCACUCUACGUGAAGGACGACGCCGGCGUCGUCGGUGCGGCUGACCACGGCGUGUGUUCGCACUACACGCUGACGGCGGGGGCAAGGGAGGUGACUGACGGGAGUCGCCGGUACAGCUACUGGGUGAAGUUCCCUGCAGCAGCAGCAGGAGGUGACGAGGACGACGAGGACGACGACGACAGCUCUCCCGGCAAGCUUAGCACUCGCACGAUAUUGAUGAUCUGUGGGGCGAUCGACGUGGUGUGCGCCUUGGUGUUUGUGGUGCUCAUAGCCUUGUAUUUUCGUCGGCUUCGUAGGCUGGCAGCCGCGGUGGACAGAGUCGUCGAGCUCCAAGAAGGCGAGGCCGAGGGCGCCGGGGAGCAAAACGACACCGACAGUAAUGGGUCCCAACACAGCUGA